CAAGAAAGCAAUGGUAUAAAGAGGAACACUUCCACUUACAUUGUGACUCUCACAGCUUUGAGAAGUCUCAAGUACCAUCAUCAGACAAAGCCUGAAUAUCUCUGAUUUUACUUUGCCAUACCGUGCAUACCCAGCUACUCAAAAUGAAGCUUCUAGAACAUCUCUUUCCCUUGGCCGUGGCCUUUCUACCCAUGACCAGUGCACUCCCAAAUCCUGUGAGUACUCCAUUCAAAAAAUGAAUACCAGGUGCAAAACUAAGUAAAUGACCUUAGGAAAUGAUACAAGGUGUUGAGCUGAAGUCUGAACCCAAACCACCAUCCUUGAUUUACAAUGAUCCUGUCGGUGGAACCGGGGGAAAGGACUUUUCAGCCAUUUGCGCAGCUUCCGAGACUAUCGAUACUAUCCACUUCUGGGUCGGGGAUGGCGCUGGUCAACCCAAAGUACUCCGAGGACUCCAAAUCACCUGGUCUGACGAUCGGAAGAGUGCAGUCUAUGGAACGACGACGGAUGAGUACCAGUCAUUCAAAUUUGCACCAGGUGAAACCAUCAAGGAGAUGCAGAUCGCUGGGGCUUUGCGCGCAGAUAGCAUAGCUUUCACAACAACUUCCCGCUCUUUCUUUGCUGGUGGUCAGGGAGGGAAGAAAGUUACGAUGAAUGUGGGCAGUGGCAUACUUGUGGGCUUUCAAGGAGGCGCAGCCAGGGACAUUGAUCGCCUUGGAGCUAUCUUUGCACAAGUCCAGGACCCUCCUUCCUUGAAGGUUGGCCAGUGUAUGGAUUGUCAUCAGUCGUGACGGAUACCGAACAGAGGGAGGUCAUUUGGGGAUUAGCAGCGCUGUAGUGCGUGGAAAUGUAAUAUUUACUAAUAAGUUAAUGUGAAAGCUCUAAGGCUCCAGUAGUGGCAGUGAUAGAGCUGGUUGAUUGAUGAUACUAUUUAAGGCUAAUUUAAGUACAAAAAGCCCCGAGGUGUUGGGGGUCAUAUGACCAUUUAGG